GCUGCUGACCAUACAUACAGCUCGUCUACAGGUCAAAAUGGAGAAGGGGAGGAGGCGGCACAUUGUCCCGGCGUUCGGCGAGUGGAACCAGCAGUACGAGGAGCUGCCAAUCACGCAGUAUUUCGAGUCGGCGAUGCACGCCGGACUCGUCAGGGCCGGGCACUACUACCACGCCGCCGCCGGCGACUUGCUCUUCAAGGCCGCCGGGUCGCCGCCGCCGCAGAAGCCACCCAAGAAGGUGAGGAGCACAAGAAACGGGAUGGAGAACCAAGCAGGGAGGAGGGAAGGGCCAUCUGUUGUGUGUGAUGGCUGUGUAGUUGUCCAUGGAUCGAGGAGGCCUAGGGUUGUUAGGGCAGUAGACGAGGACUUGUACAAAGUCCCCUCUGAACUCCUCCGCAAGAAGGCAAAAGGGAGGAAGCAUGUGAGAAGCUUAUGGAUGGGCUGUGUAGGGCUCAAUUGCGUCGCCUGAAAUUGCAAGAAGAGGAAAUCUAGAAGGCCACGCAUGGAAACAUGGCUUGGUUUGUUCCGAGAAGCCUGAAGAUAUGAGGAACAAAUUGCCUUUUGUUUUGUGGUCUAUAUAUCUGCGGCGCUAACUGCAAAGCAUCUGUUGCAUUUGCAUGCACCUACUUGCAUUGUGCUACCCACCAUAUAUGUAAAUU